AUGUCCCGCGAUGAAUAUACCAUUCCCAACGACUAUCGAUACUUGGACGACAAUGUGGCAUCUCUGCCCGUAGACCACUAUCAGCAAAAAUCUAUCGAGGACGAAAGACGGAGGCCCAACCGAGCAGCCCACGACGCUUACAGCACCCCCGCAAACUACGGCAACCUGGACGAGGUGACAGCGCCGUCCCCUGUCGACCUGCGGCCGCACAACUCGCUGGAGCACGAGAUGUCUCAAUCAUGGUCCCGCAGAGGCCGCCGCAGCAUGGCGAAAGCCAUAAUACCACGCAGCAGAGAUCGGCCUUGGGAACACAAUGCGUCACGAGCACAAGCCCAGUAUCGCAGGGACAGCCAUAUGCCUUCAGACGACUCCCACAUGCCUGCAACAGAGCCCAUGAGGCCUCUGGUCCAGAACGAGCGUGCAUCCAAGUUUGCAACCGAGUUGUACACUGUCUCAUACCUCGUGUUCUUCUCCAUCUUUGGCACUCUUGCGCGCCUCGGCUUACAAUGGCUGACCUUCUAUCCUGGCGCGCCCGUAGAAUUCAGUGUGCUAUGGGCCAAUUUCAGCGGAUCACUCUUGAUGGGCUUUCUUUCCGAAGACCGACAAUUGUUCCGCGAGGAGUGGGGAAAGCCGACAAGCAACUGGCCGGAAAAGGUUGCUAAAGACGAUGAAGAAAAGGCGCUUGCCGCGGCGAAAACAGCCCACGCCAAGGUCAAGAAAACCAUUCCGCUAUACAUUGGCCUCACGACAGGCUUCUGCGGCUCCUUCACUUCGUUCUCCUCCUUCAUCCGGGACGUCUUCCUUGCGCUGUCCAACAAUCUUACCACACCUAUUAAUCAUCCAUACACUGGCACAGCCCCAAGCACAAGCAGCACCGUCCACCGCGACGGCGGUUACUCAUUCAUGGCGCUCGUUGGCAUCAUUAUCAUUACUCUUGGCGUCUGCAUGUCCGCGCUCAAAAUUGGUGCGCACCUUGCCUUUGCUCUUAACCCUUACGCGCCAACCUUUUCCUACCGCUUCACGCGCCACCUGGUCGACAAUCUGGCCGUUUUCCUUGGGUGGGGAUGCUGGGUCGGUGCUAUUUUCAUGAGUAUCUGGCCGCCUGACCGGCCUGGCGGACCCGAAGCGCGCCCCGGCGGCUGGGCAGCCGAGACAUGGCGGGGCCAAGCGGUGUUUGCGUGCGUGUUCGCGCCGCUGGGCUGCCUGAUGCGCUUUUACGCCAGUCUGAAGCUGAAUGGCAUUGCGCCGGCAUUUCCACUAGGAACCUUUGCCGUCAACAUCUUCGGCACGGCAGUCCUCGGCAUGGCGUACGACCUACAGCAUGUGCCGCUGGGCAGGCAGGCGAAUGUGGCGGGCGGGGGGCGGGUGGGGUGCCAGGUCUUGCAGGGCAUUAUGGAUGGGUUUUGCGGCAGUCUCACGACAGUCAGCACAUGGGUUGUGGAGUUGAGUACGCUGCGCAGGGGCCACGGGUACGUGUAUGGGACAGUCAGUGUGGGGGUUGCGUUGGGACUGCUCGUCGUCAUCAUGGGCAGCGUGAGGUGGACGACCGGAUUUAGCGUGCCGGCAUGCGUGACUUGAGUGUGUAGAGCAUGUACGUGUAGAUGGCUUGUAUAAUGGUGGCCAUUGCAUGACGAAGCGAAGCAAGAUUUGCGCGCUCCUUCAGCCACCAGAUUCCCUGUUUGGAUGAAGCGACAAACAAAGGCUGGCGUCAUGAUCCGAGGCCGGACCCCUGCCGCCGAUCCUGCUUGCCAUAUAGAGAGCGCUAUGACGUGGGUCCCGAUUCUGGGGUAGGUCGCAGUCACCACUUUGAGCC